CUAACGGUAACACGGUUAGCUCGACGGCGACUGAACACACCCGCAGCUUUCAGACCCAACGCUUCUUAAUCUUCACGGAGGAGCAGUGGCGGGGGGUGAAACUAUUGUCCGGCUUCCCGCCACGACAGGUGGGCAGAGUGAACCGGGGUGAAGCUGCCUCCCGUCCUGCGCCCUGAGCAGCACAUGUCCGGCUUCGACCUCGUCCCGGUGGACGGCGGGGCUCCCGUUCACCUGCCGUCGGGAGAGACGGUGCUCGGCAGGGGGCCCCUCCUGGGAGUCAAUGACAAGAGAGUGUCCAGACACCACGGGCUGCUGGAGAACCUGAACGGACAGCUGCGUCUGAAACCGACCCACAUGAACCCGUGCUUCACUCAGUCGUCUCCUGCCGACGUAAACCCUCGACCUCUGAAGAAAGACUCCUGGUACCCUCUCCGUCACGGAGACUUUUUCUCUCUGCUACCGGGGCAGUUCGUCUACAAGGUGGUGGCCGUGGGCGGAGCAGAGCGCACUCCCAGAAACAGUCAGAGUCUUGAAGAAGAAGAAGAGGAGGAACUUCCUGGUUCUCCCGAGCCUCAUGUGGAACCGGCUCAUCCAGUAAUAACUGACUGUGGACAGACUCCACCUCACCAGGGGCCGAUGUUAGCAGCUCUGUCAGAUGAGGAUGUCAAUGACAAACGCAACAGAAGUUUCAAUAAGGGAGACUCGGCUCCUCCAGAGGAGGUGGAGGAUGAUCACAGUGACGUCGCUCCGUCUGUGAAGAGAAGAGUUUUACCUGCGUGGAUGAUGGCGGCGGCAUCAGGUCCACACCGAGCUUCCUCCAGCCCGAGAGGUCAGUCGGCUGUCAAGAGAAGUAAAGCACCUGCAGGAGCAUCAACCAGCACUAAACCAGCAGCAGCCAAAAAGGCCACGCCCACUGCGACUGAGGGGGCGGAGCUUAGUGAGGAGGAGAAGAGGCCGAGAAAGAGGAGGAGAAAAAUAAGUGAUGAAGAAGAAGACGAAGAAGCUGGAACCAAAACAGACGUCCCCUCAGAGGAACCUGCAGUCCCGUUUCAGCGUGGAUCCAACAGGUCUGAGGUGAGCGCCGAGUCUGACAACUUCACCAUGGAGGAGGAGGAGCCCUCCUCUGCUGACAGAACCACCACGACACGAAGAUCUGGCCGCGAGUCUGAGAAGGAGGACGAGAAGUCAAAGGAUGGUCAACAGACGACUAAACGGGCGGAGUCCAUCGGGUCGAACGGCGGCGCUGCGUCCACGUCUAGCCUCAGGACGGCGUGUCCGUACGGGAAGGACUGCUACAGGAAGAACCCGGUCCAUUUCCAGGAGUGCAGUCACCCCGGUGACACCGACUAUGAGGAGGAGGAGGAGGAGGAGGAAGAGGAGGCAGAUCGACCCGAGUGCCCCUACGGCACCGACUGCUACAGGAAAAACCCUCUUCACAGGAAAGAGUACAAACACACGAAGAAACCAGCUCGCGCCACAAGAGCCGCCCCCAAGAAGAGCCCCGCUGGCGACGAGGACGAGGACGAGGACAGCUUCAUUAAUGACGACAGCGAGGACGUGGGCGAUGACUCAGACUACGUCCCUCCUGACUCUGACGACAGCGGGAAGGAGGACAUCAAGAGACUGCAGAGAGAAGCAAAGGUGUUUCUGAAGAGGAGGAAGUAGACUCAGCUUCCUCAUGUUUGUUU